AUGCGUUUCGCGCCGCCGGGGCUUCUGCUCGCCCAGCUUCACGCGUGCAUCUACUGGAGCUGCCUUUGCCCCGCCGGCUGCCAGCAGCAGCCGCCGCGUCGGGAUCCCCCGCCGCCCCCCGCCGCCUGGAGGCAGCGGAUCCAGUGGGAGAACAACGGGCAGGUGUACAGCCUGCUCAGCCUGGGCUCCCAGUACCAGCCCCCGCGGCGCAGGCAGGCGGCGGAGGCGGCGGGCAGCCCUAUCCUGCUGCUGCGGAACAACGGCACGGUGCAGCCGCGGAGAGCCGCCCGCCCCGCCGCCGUGCAGCCCCAGCCCCAGCCCCAGCCCCAGCCCCAGCCCCAGCCCGUCGCCGGCAGCCGGGGCGGCUCCGGCGCUCGGCACUGGUUCCAGGCUGGCUACCAGGCUUCCUCCGGGGGUCGCGCCGCUGCCGCGCAGAGGAGCCCCGCGGCCGCCACCUCCGCGGCCCGGAGCGCCUCCUCGGGCGCGCCGCGACCCAGCCCCGCCGGCGGCACCGGCACCGACGGCAACGGGAGCAGCACCGGGGCCGGCAGCCUGCCGUCCCUGGGCAGCUUCAGGCCCGGCCGGGAAGAUGUCAUGGUAGGAGACGACCCCUACAACCCCUACAAGUACACGGACGAUAACCCCUACUACAACUACUACGACACCUACGAGAGGCCCCGCCAGGGCAGCAGGUACAGACCCGGCUACGGCACCGGCUACUUCCAGUACGGUCUCCCUGACUUAGUCCCGGAUCCCUAUUACAUCCAGGCGUCCACAUAUGUCCAGAGGAUGUCCAUGUAUAACUUGAGAUGUGCUGCCGAGGAGAACUGCUUGGCAAGUUCAGCUUAUCGAGCAGAUGUUAGAGACUAUGACAAUCGGGUGCUCCUGAGAUUCCCCCAAAGAGUGAAAAAUCAAGGCACAUCGGAUUUUCUGCCCAGCAGACCCCGUUAUUCAUGGGAGUGGCACAGCUGUCACCAACAUUAUCACAGUAUGGAUGAAUUCAGCCACUAUGACUUGUUGGAUGCGAGCUCACAUAGAAAAGUUGCUGAAGGACACAAAGCAAGUUUCUGCCUUGAAGAUACUUCCUGUGAUUAUGGAUAUUACAGGCGGUAUGCAUGUACAGCACACACACAGGGUCUGAGCCCUGGCUGCUACGACACUUACAAUGCUGACAUAGAUUGCCAGUGGAUUGAUAUUACUGAUGUAAAACCUGGGAAUUACAUUCUCAAGGUGAGUGUAAACCCCAGCUACCUGGUGCCUGAAUCCGAUUAUUCCAACAACAUAGUCCGCUGCGACAUCCGCUACACGGGCCACCACGCCUAUGCCUCUGGCUGCACAAUUUCACCGUGA